GCCUUUCAUAUUCAAUAAGAAUAUAAUAUCCAUCAGACUUCUUUCUCAUCAUCUAAGAUGACUCCACGUAAUUCACCACUCACCCGAACCCCUCGGAAAGAACCACCCAAAGCAGCAUGCCAAACAUGUCGGAAAAAGAAGGUCAAAUGUUCCGGAACUCGUCCGUGCCAAUAUUGCAGUAAGAGAGGACUGGACUGCGAGAUUCCCGAACAGGGGCAGAGGAGGGUUUAUUCCAUUUCACGAAUACGAGACCUUCGGAACCGGCUGGCGCAGUAUGAGAAUAGUAGCUCUACUGGUAUACCACACGAUACGACAGCUGCAGUGGAUGAAUCGAAUGCAAAUCCAGUCACCUCUACCCAAACUGCAGACACGGAACUGUCACCUUCAUCCACCAUCCAUGCCGAUUCCUCCUUGAGCUCAAGUUAUAUAUUCAGCUCUCGAGUCCAGAGUCUACUGGAAAAUCCUACACCCCAGAGGCAGACGACUGCCAAUCAUUGCUGCUCCAAAAACGACAACAUACCCAGUCUACCAACAGAAGAACAAGCUCAUCGGUUGCUAGAAGUAGUCAUCUUCUUCAUUGGCGAAACACAGCAUCACUUCGAUCUACGAGAUUUUUCGGACCGACUAUGUGCAUUUUACGGCAACCCAUCAGACAAGAAGACCCCGUGGUUCCUGCAGAUGUUACUCGUUCUAGCGAUAGGAAAGCUAUUCGCCGGCGACUUUGAUGACAGAGAUGAACUACCGGGAAGUAAACUGUUUGAAUACGCGCAUCAGAAUCUGCCUACGCUGGGAGAACUAUAUGCGUUGGACGUGCUUGGAGUAGAGAUUCUAGCACUGGUUGCUGUCUAUCUUCAGAAUUUGAAUCGGAAGGACGAGGCUUAUAUCUAUAUAAGCACCUCGUUACGAUUGGCAAUAUCGCAUAGCUAUAACCGGACGUCGGGAAUUAGAGGCUUCGUGCAGUCGAAAAGGGUCCAUCUGAAUAGGUUGUGGUGGACAAUCUAUAUGCAGGAGAGACGACUGGCAGCUGCAACUGGUAACCCAUUCAGCAUCGGCGAUGAAGGAAUUGAUCUCGACCUGCCAUCAGAUUGUCUGGGAUAUUCCACCACUGCGCCAUUGCGGACGAAUAUCAAGAUAUCCAGAGUCCUUGGACGGAUCAUCACAGUGAUUUAUGGACCACAUCCUCACACCGAGGACGCCUUCAUCCCGAGUGUUCGUGAAAUCGUACAAUCCAUCUUUGACAUUUCACAGGAGAUACCCUCUGAAUCAACCACAAGUUAUCCAGGAUUGACUCCGGAGUCGUCGAUCAGAACAUCAGCAUAUCUUCAAUUGAUGCUGUAUCAGGCUACCAUCGUGACAAUCCGUCCCAUCAUGCUGCACGUCGCGAAACAAAUUCUCCACGGCGAAACCAUGGACAAAGACACCCUUAAUACUUCACCACUCGGACGACUGUCUCGAACAUGUUCAGAGGCAGCGCGGAGACUCCUUGAAGUUCUGAUCACUCUACGCAAGCGAGAUAUGCUUACUAUAUUUGGAUUUUUCGACUUCGACGCUGCCUUUUCAGCUGCAUUUAUCAUGAUUCUCACGUCUAUAUUUGAUUCUGUCUGUGAGGAUGGGAGGCGUGCUACCAGUGGCCCUGGACUGAAUGAUGCAUUAGACACGUUGCAAUAUCUUGGUGACCGGGGGAAUCAUUUCUCGAAGCAAGGAUAUCACGAGGUGCAGCAGAUAUGGUCUCAUUUAUCUGAGUAUCUCCAAGCCAGACAGAGUACUCCAGAGCACCAGCCUGUCGGUGACGCUGAUGUCCACUCUGCUUCUGCCGAUUAUAUCGAGCAAACCGAAUCCAACACAGAAACCUCAGUUGACAACACACUACUAACUGGUAAUGCUUUGAGUGACAUGCCGAUGGACACCAAUCUCUGGGAUGACUUUUCGCAUCUCUGGCAAGGUAUAGAUACGACUAAUGUCUCUCAUAUUGCUGGAGCUGAUGCGCAGAAUUACUUCUAUCCACUUUAUAGCAACUUGGAUAUGGAUCUAACGGGCGAGGAUAUGGAGGAUUUUAAUGAGUUCAGGAAGAGAGUAUUGAACAUCUGAUAUUUAUGUAUAUGACCAAAGAUAUUGGAUAACACAUAAUCAUCAAGCAGUGAAAUAUAAAGCUAAAAAUUCCUCGA